AUGUUUGCCAAAGUCAUCCCGCCACCCAAGUGGUCCUCCUUCCCUGCCAGCCGACUCAUGCAUCGCCGUGGCGAGUCCGAGCAAACCCCACCCAGCAGUCCGGCCAUGAUGAGCAACCGGCGCUCCAGGAUGCAGCGCCGGAGCCAUGAGAGCUCGCUUUCCUCACGCAGCUCCGUCGGACCGUCAUCAUCAGUCUGGUCGCCGCCGCCCUACACACCGAACGCGAGCAGCCCCAGCCAGCCUCAGUCGCCAGAACUCCAAGCCGACGGCGACGAGCGCUACGCCUUCCUGAAGGACUUCGACACCAUCUUCCUGGUAGACGACAGCUCCAGCAUGCGCGGCGAGCGCUGGCAAGAAGCCGAAGCGGCCAUCGCCACCAUCGCGCCCAUCUGCACGCAGUACGACGGUGAUGGUAUCGACAUCUUCUUCCUCAACCACCGCCGCGAGGUUCCGCAGGGCGUCUACGAUACGAACGAGGGUGCCUACACGAACGUAACCACCGCGGCGCAGGUACAACAGAUCUUCAGCAGCGUGCGGCCGCGCGGCGCAACACCAGUCGGCAAGCGCCUGUUGAACAUCCUGACUCCGUACCUCGCGGAACUCGAGCGCCUCGAACACGCCGCAACCAAUGCCUCCCGCCGCGGCGACGGGCAGCGAGCUGCGCAACUGGCCGCCCAGAAACCGAAGCCGAUUAAUAUCAUCGCGAUCACGGACGGCGAGUUUACUGAUGAUGCCGAGAGCAUUAUCGUUCAGGUUGCUCGCAGGCUGGAUGGUAAGGACUGCAAUGCGCUGCCGUGGCAGGUUGGGGUGCAGUUCUUCCAGAUUGGGAAUGAUGAGCGCGCGACCAAGUACCUGCAGCAAUUGGAUGAUGAUCUAGGGGGUUGGUGCCACCGGAAGAAGAUGCGGGACAUCGUUGACACGGUGCCUUGGCGGGGAGGGCAAGGGAAGACGCUGAACGCGGAUGGGAUCUUGAAGUGUGUGCUUGGGGCGGUGCAUAAGAAGUUGGAUCGGACGAGGGUGUAG